AAAAAAUCUUUAUGCGUUGCCUUUUUGGAAUGCCACCGUUUGAAUUAUUCCCUCGAAAGUUCUCUAAAUCAAAAAUCUCCGCCCUUUUUUCACCUUAUGACAUAAAUUAGGGCUCCAAUUUUGACCAUGGCUCAAGGGGAUGAGAUGAUGGAAGGGUCUAUUUCUUCGCUUAUUGUUGAAUCUUUGCAGUCUAAUCAGAGCGGAGAUGUGCUUUCCCCGGAAGAUUUAGCCUGGGUUGAUUCUUGCCUGAUUAAAGAUGCUGAAGUUUCAGAUAGUAGCUGGAAUGCUCUGAAAGAUGCUUUACUAGAAAUUGUUAGUUCUGAGCCUGUAUCCAUUUCCUAUUCUGCAGCUGGAAGUGGUGGUUCUCCCAGAGAAACUGACAUUAUGAUACAUACUCCAAGUAAAGAGGCAGAAACUGCGAAGUUCCCAGUAACAAAUGAUAAUGAUGGUGUUGUUCCAAUCCUUGUGGACUCAGAAACAAACAGUGAUAGUUAUCCAAUUAAACAGAAUAAUGGUAUUUCACUUUCACCAGUUUUUCAGGGUGAUGAUGCUACAGAAACUUUUGUCGGAGAUCCUUUUCUACCAAGUUACAAGGAGGGCAGGGAAAUUUACAAGGAUGGCAAGAGAGAGAGUGAAACCAUUGGUUCCGGGCUUGAUUUAGAUCCUUCAGCAGUUGAAUUGGAACCCUUGUCAGAGGAUAUAUUCAAGGUCUGGGAUUUGGGUGUUUCAGCUGAGGAAGAAGAGCUUUUUACACAAUUGAACAAGGCCCUUUCAGAGAAUACUUUUCAAUCAACAUCAUCAGCCUUUGAUGAUUCGGGGUCAUGGAAGGACUUGAAAGAUGAUUCACUCGAUAACUUGAUUGCUGGCAUUGCUGAUCUCUCCUUGAAUUAAGAUUCUCAUUAAUUAUUCGAGUUUUAGUAGAAUCUUGACAGCUAUGUAAAUUAAGUAGAUAAUUGACAACCAUGCGAAUCCGUUCUGCUCCAUGA